AAAUUCAAAUAUUCGAUCGAUAUAUAAAUCGAUAGUCACGAGUUCGAGAUCCACGUGAUCUCGUGGGAAAUUCGAAGAUUAUAUUCAAAAUGGCCAGAGAAUUUAUCGGUUUGCGCGCCUUUAUCGUAUGCGAUGGAUCAACGAUAGCGUCGUGAUGAUUUAUAUCAUAAACAAAUCUCGAAGAAAAGCAAUAAGUCAGCCAUGGAAGACAGUCUCGGUGACGAGAGUUUGUUGGAGGACAACGGAGAGGGCGAGUUGACAGCUCAGACGGCGCUCCAGAAAAUCGAGAACGCCUGGAUGAACGAGAGAUUUGCGCCGGAGAUCCUGCCUCAUCAGUCCGACCUGGUGGACUGCAUGCUGCAGCAGAUCGAUCACAUGGAGAAGAACGUCAAGAGGUUAGACAAGAGCGAUUUACGUGCCCUGGCCCAUCGGAUGGAGCUCGACCGGAUCAGAUACGUCGUCAGCAGCUAUCUGCGAAUACGCUUAGAGAAGAUUGAACGGUAUACGAUCCACAUCUUGUCGGAGGAAGCGAGCAGAAACUCGGACGAGGGCUUCUAUUUGACACCAGGCGAGCUGCGCUUCGCCAAGGAACACCUGGCCAAUUUGGAGACGCUGUUCAAGACGGUGGCGUUGCAGCAUAUGCCACCUAACUUCCAGCGAUUCGAGGUAAACAAGCUCACCGUUAAACCCAAUAUGCAAGCACACGUGUUCCUGCGUGCCAAUCAAAGAGUUACGGGUAUAAUUGUACCUGGAACUCUGAAUGAGGAAAUAGACUUUGAGGAAGGUUCGCAGCACAUCAUUCAAUACAGUGCUAUAGCACACUUGGUUAAAUCUGGUGUGGUGCAGUUGAUUUGAUAUUCUUAAGGUACCAUUUCAUGUGCAGCACGCUGCUACAGUAGUUUGUUGCUAUUAAUGAAGUUCAAUUGAACAAACAGCAAAGCAGAAGAACACGCAACUAGUUGAUUCUCUACUUAUUUUAUUAGUUAAAUAAUGAAUUUUAAGAACAAAAAUAUGCUCUAAUAAAUUUUGAUCACGUGAUUGAUUUGCUGCUGCAGUAUUCUGCGUAUGAAAAGACAUUUUAAAUCAAAGAGGAAAGGUCAAAAGAUAAAGGUUGUGAUAUUUCUCUCUUUUGUAGAGAAUAUAUAUUUGUGUAUUUAUAUAUAAUAUAAAAUUUCAAUGCAUAUAUAAGCUCUUCUGUAUUUUAUUGUCACAUAAUAUAUAUAAUAUCAAAAUUUAUAUUAACCACAUUAAGUUUAAGAGAGAGACAAGAAACUAUAUGUAAAGUACUAGAAUUAGAAAUAUACAAUCUUUCGUUUCUUAAUUAAAAUUUAGCAUAAUUAUUUGAUAUUAUGCAGUAUUAUUAUAUUAACAAAUGAUAAAAUUAUAAUUCCAUAUACAUAAUCAUGAUUAAUACUGACUACUAUAAUAUCUAGGAAGAAUUUAAACUCUUGCAAUACUUAGAGUGGUUACAGUGGUUAAUAAAUAAUAUUGAUAUUAUUGAGAUCUUUCCUUCAAUUUUGAUAUUAUAUAAUAUACAAUAAAAAUUUUCUUGUAAACAGAAAAAGUAAUAAGUGCACUUCUUUAUGAAUUAUCACACUUUCAGACUAUAUAUAAAUAUGUAUAAAAAAUAUAAGUACAGACAUUUAAAACGUUCUAAUAUUUUUAAAUGGAUCUACUGAGUUAUUAAAGAUUAAAAUACUAACAUUAAAGAUUAAAAUAAAAAAUGCUUUGGAUCAAAAAACUAAGUACAAAAAUACAUGAAUAUAUUUUUUGUUUUUAUCAAAGAAAUGUUCUUGUUAUAUUUUCACAAGAAAUUAUGUGUGCUGUUGCUCAUAAGCCUGUAAAAGAAAUACCAUGCAUUAAUAUCUUUAAUUACAUUCAAUCACGAUAAUAGAACAAUAUCGUGUAAUGUAGCAACUAUUAUUAAUCUAGCAAUUUACCAUUUUGGCAGUCUGUUUAAGUUGUUCAGCCAUUAGUUUUCCAGUUUCUUGUACCAUGCUGCUAAAAUGACCCUUUUCAUUUUGUAAUAGAACAUAUGGGUGAUCGAAUUCUAGCAUUUGACCAUGAUCCAUUAUCAACACUUUAUCGCUGUCCAUUAUAGUGUUCAAUCUAUGCGCUAUUGUUAGUACCGUGCAGGUUUUGAACUUCUUCCGGAUCGUCGUUUGUAUCAGCGUGUCCGUCGCAGGAUCGACAUUUGCGGUGGCUUCAUCAAGUACGAAAAUUUUAUUAUCUUGUAAAAUCGCGCGUGCCAGACAAAUCAAUUGUCGUUGACCGGCGCUUAAGUUAACACCGCCCUGUUCGAUGGAAUGGUCCAAGGAGGUCAUUGUAUCUUUCAAUUCCACCUCUUCCAAGGCACUCCAUAGAUCGGCAUCGUUAAAUUUAUGAAACGGAUCGAGAUUAUCUCUUAAUGUAGCGGAGAAUAACAUUGGUUCCUGCGGUAUUAUCGAGAUCUUGUUUCUUAAAUCAUGAAGACCAAUUUUCUUCGUGUCAACUUUAUCGAUGUAAAUAGCACCGUCGAAUUUCGCCAUAUGGAACAAAGCGGCGAUCAGAGAAGAUUUCCCAGCUCCAGUGCGACCCACUAUUCCGACCUGAAUUUAUAAUUAUUUAGAAUUAAAUUACUUAGAAUAAUUUGAGAAAAAUAUUGUAUAUAUAAAUAAGAUUAUAAUUUGUGUAACAAAUAAUUGCGUACUUUCAUGCCAGGUUCUAUGAUAAAAUUCAAAGAUUUAAGUACGGGCGGCUUUGAUUCGACAUAUCGAAGAGAAACACAAUCGAAUUUAAUCUCUCCCUUGGCAGGCCAAUCAUUCGAUGGUUUAUCCGUAGGAUUACUUUCGAAUGGGCCCUCUUUCUCGAGUUCGGUGAAUUGCAAUACUCUUUCCACGCUUGUCAUCUGCGUGAUCGUUUCGGCUGUUUGACGUAUCCCAUAUUGCACCAUACCGCAUAAAAUAAGUACUUGUGAAAUUGCUAAACCGACAUUUCCGGCGAAAGUAUUUCCUGAGAAAGAAAGAAGCUUAAUUAAAAAACCAAUUCCUAAAUAUUAUAUACUGAAUAUACAUAUGCAUUAGUUAGUAGUUGCGACAAAGAUUUACCAUCGUCUAACGCGACGAAACUAUAUGUAACGAGAGCGAUGAAACCAAUAGUCACUAUGUCUAACGCAAAACCGAACAUUGUACCAGUUGCGAUAAUUAGCGAGUAAGUACUAGUGUGUAAAUCUUGGUGUUCGUCGAACUGUUUGCGAACCAUUUCCUGAGCAUCGGCCGAACGUAUCGUCGUCAAACCUGACAAUGUGGAGUUAACAUGCGAGAAAACGGGACUUUUUGCUGAAAAUUUAAUUAAAUAAAUAUCAGUUUAGAGGAAAUACGAAAAUUAUGGAUUUUAUAUUUUUCUAAAAAAAGAAAAGGAAGCUCUUACCAUUUCCUUCUAAUCGUUUGAUAUUCUGUGCUGUUGGAACGUAAAUCUUCCUUAUCUCAUUGUACAAAAUACUCAUAAUGAUUGUAGGGAAUAUCAGCCACCAAUUGAUAAUAAAUAUUUGUAUUAGAAUUCCAAUCA